AUGUCGGCCUCCCAAGCCAACUCCCAUGUGAGCUGUGUUGCAGUGGACAACUCAGAGGAGUCGCUACCAGGAAUUAUGGGCCCAAUUGAAGUGCUCAAGCCUCCCGGGUUCCGAGNNNNCGACGCUGUUGGUAUAGCUCAGCAUCAUGAUGCUAUUACUGUACCGAGAAGCAGCAUGUUGAUGAUGACUACUGUUAUGGAAUCCAUUGUCAUCCCCGAGACCAUGUCGAGGUUUGGUCUUCCUAAUGGUGGUGGCUACUGCCCUCUCCUCAAUGAGAGUAUAUGUUCAUGGACCGAAGAACUUUCGACUGAUUCCUCCUCGGUUUUGAUGGCGGUCUACAACCCUCUUAGUCACCCCAUCACCUCUGUCGUGUCGGUGCCCAUCGCGCCACCGAAACAAAAAGCGGAGUCUCCCGAGGCUGAUGACAGUAUCGAGAGUUACUCGGUACAGAGAAGCCUCAUGGGGUCAUUGAAUCGCCAUUGCAAAGGGAUGACAGUCGCUGUUGAGAAGGCGGUAAGCAAGCAGGGUGUAAAGAGCUGGGUGACUGAUGACGACCACCAUCGUGGCACCCCAACCCCCACACUAUACUUCACAGCAGAGGACGUGCCUCCAAUGGGGUCGGCAAUCUACCGGAUCACUUCCGGGGCCAAAGGGAAAACAGCAGCCUGCCCACAAGAGCAACAGCUCAGUGGACAGCCCUCUGUGUCGUCCGCGACAAGUGUUGGCAACGAAAACUACAAGCUGUUUUAUGGAGGAGAUGAGGGCAGUGGGAGACUGUACCGCUUUACUCUGAAGAACUUGAAGGCUGGUUUAGAGGUUAGGUUCAACGUCAUCCUUGGAUACUAUAACAGUUCUACGGGUUCUGGGGAGAACAUUUACGGACGUCCAUACCAAGCUUCGGGGGCCUACAUCUUUCGACCCGAUUGUCCGGAGGCACCUGAUGUUAGAUCGAUUCGAUCCUGCCGACCGGAGGUGGCCAUCACUCCUACUAUACUCAUGGGUCAAGCGGACGAUGGGAGUACCCUGCGGGUGAAUAUUGCUCAACAAUCAUCAGAGGAGGGCUCUGCUCCAGCCCUCAUCGGGAACUUAUCUCUGAGCAUCCCGCCGAAGGAGUCUGCAGUGGUGAUAUCGUGGGAUGUGGCGAUCGACGUUGGCGACGGUGUUGGGAAGGAGGCCGUCCUUCUACUUGAUACCGACAUCAAUAAUCAUGAUGGAGACUUCCUCACGGACAGCAACGGUAGGGAGUGGGUACCCCGCAGGGUCAACUACCGCAAGGAUUGGCAGCUGAAUGUUACCGACCCAGUGGCCAUGAACUAUUACCCAAUUAACUCAGGCCUGAGGAUUUCCGAUCAAGUCGGUAAAGGAAGAGGAUGCUAUUUGACGAUGGCCGAGGCGUUGGUGAGAGAGUGGGGUGGCGAGCUUAGGACGAGUUAA